AUGACAGACGGCAAUCACAUACCUCAAGCACCAUCGUUCAUCGGGCUGCCCAUCGAGAUCCAGACUCAGAUCCUUCAACAACUGGUCUCCUCGCAUCAUGAGUCAAUCCCCGCGGUCCUGCGAACAUGCAAGCACCUCUACCGAGUCGCCUCACCCAUGUCAGUCCACACCUACGAGAAUGCCACCUCCAAGAACAUGAGCGAGCACGCCCGGAAGCGCAGCCGCAACCUCGACUUCCUCCGCCACAUCACCAUCGCGAAGCCCGAGCUCGCGCACAACGUCCGGCGCAUCAGCAUCAUUCACGUCUCCACGAGCCUCAUCUACCGGCUCGCCCCCGCCAACAAGAGACCGCUCGGGCCCAGCAGCGACGAGAUGGCCGUCUACACCGAUCUGAUCGACGCUUCCGGCCUGUCCGACCACAUCGACGACUGGGAGGCCGUCAGAAAGGAGUGGCUCCAGGGCCUGGCCGACGGGCUGGUCGAGCAGCAGGUCGGCCUUCUGCUGCUCGCGUGCCCGAGGGUCGAAUCGCUCAAGCUCGGGACCCCGCUGUCGCCCCGGCUGCUGCCCCGCCUCAUCAGGGCCGCCGCCGCGAACCGCGCUACGUCUCCCCCCGCCAUCGGGCCGGCCCCGGGAGCGGGCCGCCCCUUGCUCGACGGCCUGCGGGAGUACUUUGGCGAGCCCGAAAGCCCCAAGAGCCUGUUCCAUUUCUUCAACAUCGGCAAGGAGUUCAUGCAGCUGCCGCGGUUGGAGUCCUUCACGUGCGCCUGCCUGUCCAACAGCGGCCCGAACGGCCACCUGUUCGACGAGGAGGCCAACCCGCCCGGCUGCUCCAACGUCCAGCACCUGAGUCUGCUCGACGCCAACGUCACGAUAGAAGGGCUGCGAAGCCUCAUCCGUGCCUGCAAGGGACUCAAGUCGUUCCAUUGGACUCCCGGAGACAGCACCUUCUCCGACAUGCAGAUCAAGCUGCCGGAACUCGCUCAGGCCUUGUCGACGCAGAGCGACACUCUCCAGCACCUGCACAUCGACUACCAGGACCGCUGGCGGGGGGCGGACUGGUACGCCAAGCGGGAGGGCUUCUUCAUCGGCACGUCCCUGAAAGAGAUGGCCUCGCUGAAGAGCCUGCGCAUCGGCAUGGAGGCCUUUCUGGGCUUCACGGACAUGUGGAGGAUGCCCGACGGGGACCUCACGCACGAACAAUGGUCCGAGUUCGACAAGACGCCUCGUCUCAUCGACCACCUCCCUCCUAGCCUCGAGUGCCUCGAGCUUCAUGGGUGUAGAGAGGAGGUAAUACCUCACGUCCAGGAGGUGCUGGACCGGCUCCGCUCGGGGGAGAGGGUCGCGAUGCUGCGGAGGAUACGCCUGUGCUUCAACCCGUAUCUCGUGGAUCACAGGUCAGUGAGUUUUGUCUGCGACGGCAGACCGGUUGAUUUCGAUUAUGCGUUCCGUUGUCCGGCUGUGGAAAAGGACAUGCUGCCGUUAGUUUAG